GUCUAUUUUAUAUGCCUGAAGCAUUCGUUUUACAGCUAGCCUGAUCUGCUGCUGACCUCUUGUUUAGUUGUUAUGGUAUAUUCGUGUUCAUGCAAUGGGGUUUUUCUGUAUAUUUUUGCUUGGCGGAAGGUAUGUCGUAUCCAUACAGUCUCGCACCUUUGCGCUUCCCAUCUUUACAUUUGCAGUCAUCCUCAUCUGGCGUCUUUACGCCCUACAUAGCCAAUCAAAGCUCAUACUUUAUGUUCUACUGGGGUUGCUCCUACCUAUCGUCGCGCUCUAUAUAGCGGUGGAUGCAUUUUUAUGGAGCCGGCCUUCGGCGAUCUCAGUGCAAGAAAUCAUAAUAACUCCAAAUAUCAAAUACUGCACGACUUUCUUCCACAUCGGGCCUAUGCAUGCGAUUUAUGCCUCCAUCCCCGUCAUAUGCUAUGAUAUUUUCUUGGUUGUUCUCGCCAUUGCCAUCCUUAGGAAGCACCUGAAAGAACGACAGGAAUUUAAAAUGAAGCCUAACACCUACGUAGUGAUGAUCGUCCGACAUCAUGUCAUAUACUUUGUCCUGAAUUUGGCAACUCAACUAUUCAUGGCGGCAUUGUGGGCCCACCCUUCGGUAUGAUUCCCUGUGAUUCUACAGAGAUAUUGAUAUUCUCUAACGCAGGCAUGCACAGACGGUGGUGCUGUAUCUGGUACUGUUGUUCAAGCUUACCGCGCCGUUUAUUAUCGUGCCACGUCUCAUCAUCAGCAUUUGGGAUACGCAUGCCAAUGACAACUGCGUACAUCUUAGUACGAUGUUCGAGGAUUGUGUCUGUUUGACUUCGCCAC